UAGGUUUGAAUCGUCUCAGAUUUGUUCAAACGAUUCGUUUAAAUGAUUCGACUCCUUUGAACGAUUCGUUCACGAACUAGACAUCGCUAUUCGCUACAUCCCUUCUUACAUGCGGACCCCUUCGAGAGGUCACGACUCAUGUGAUCGUAAAUGUAUCAGUUCAGUAAGGAGCCAGCAUGAAUAAAAACAUCUGGCUACAUAUUUUCGUUGUAAGCGCCUUCGUGAAAAAAGAUCUUUGAUUUUGGAUUUCUUUGGAGCACUUUUACUUCAUCAUGGCACCACAUCCAGUGGUUCAGGCGAUAAUUGACCUCUCUGCUGGUGCUAUAGGGGGCACAGCUUGUGUAUUUAGCGGUCAACCUUUGGACACAGCUAAGGUGAAAAUGCAGACAUUCCCCACUUUGUACAGAGGCUUUGUGCACUGCUUUGUGUCUACAUACAGACAGGUGGGCCUUCGAGGUCUGUAUCAAGGUACCACCCCGGCCCUCAUGGCCAACAUCGCGGAGAACUCUGUGCUCUUCAUGUGCUACGGCUUUUGCCAAGAGGUGGUUCGCUUCAUCUCUGGUCAGGAGAAAGGGGCUGCGCUCAGUGACAUGCAGAAAGCGUGUGCAGGCUCCGUGGCCUCUGUUUUCUCCUCUCUGGUCUUAUGUCCCACUGAGCUGGUGAAGUGUCGACUGCAGGCCAUGCACGAGAUGGCGGCUUCAGGCAAGAUCGCCCACAGUCAGAACACAGUUUGGUCCGUGAUGAAGUCCAUUAUGCAUAAUGAUGGUCCUGCGGGGUUCUUCCAGGGUUUAACCACCACAAUUGCCCGUGAGGUGCCUGGAUAUUUCUGUUUCUUCGGAGCGUACGAGCUCUGUCGCUCUCUCUUUGCUGAGUACAUGCACUGUGGCAAGGAUGACAUAGGUGUAGCCCCUAUUGUGUUCAGUGGAGGUUUUGGGGGAGCUUGUCUCUGGCUUGUGGUUUACCCCAUGGACUGUGUUAAAUCCAGAAUACAGGUCAUGUCGAUGACAGGCAAGCAGUCAGGCUUCUUCAAGACUUUCAUGCAUAUCUUCAGAACGGAAGGUGUAAGGGCUUUAUAUUCCGGUCUGACUCCCACAAUGAUCCGUACGUUUCCAGCAAACGGUGCUCUGUUCUUAGGUUACGAAGCCAGCCGCAAAAUCAUGAUGGCACAGUUUGACAGUUGACCCUAAACGGCACACUUAUUUUCUCUGUUUGGAUUUUAAGCAUUUUUUUAAUGAGCUAGAUCUAGUUCUCUAUAGACAGUCUACAUUAUUUCAGUCAACCUGCCAUGGUUUUCACACACUAACGCACAUUUGUUUUAUUUAUUUGAUAACACUUUACAGUAAUGUUAUACUUGUAAUGCAUCACUGAACACUGUGCAAUUAGUUCUAGUUAAAGAAUUUAUCUAAAUUAAUGUAUAAAUACACUAUAGUUUUUUCAUGAUUUGUUCAUAAUGCGUUAAUGUAAAUGUAUACAACACAAAAUGUAACAAAUUAGGAGCAGAAGUAAACUUUUACAUCGUAAUGUAUAAAAAAUGAACUUUACUGUAAAGUGUUACCAUUAUUUUUUAUGUUAGGUGUUUUUUAUUUGCCUCAACCUUGGCCUGAGGGUCUAAAAACGUGUUAUCUGGUGUGUUAGUAACAUCCCAUCACUCCUUCAUGCCUACGAUUGGAAACAUGUACCCUAUAUACGUGCAGUUUUCAGGCUACCUCUAUAGUCUUUGCCAGUUUCGCAGUCCUGUUAAAUGAACUCUAACUAUGCAAUUAAGUUUUGAAUGCCAUUCUCUUGAAUACAGACAAAAGGAACAUCUGCCAUUACUGAAUGAGCCGACUGCCAACAAACCCAGUUUUCUAAAUACACUAAAUUUGUUUGAUUGUUAUAACCGUGAGCUUCGUGUAUUUGUAUUUUUAGUAUUUCAAAUGAGGGAGAGAAUGCCUUACUCGUUAUUUCAAGAUUUUCUUGAACUUUUAAAUAUGGUGGGAUUCAAAAGCCUGAGACAUUUUGCUUCUGAGUUGCGCUCCACAGAACAGUUCUAACAAGGAAAUCCGUGUUUAUGUGAUAAACGUCACAUUUGGUUACUGGAUUGGUGAGCUAGAUGUAGUGGAGAGUCACAAAAGUGUCUUAUUCACUUGACUUUGCAACAUUUCUUAUUCAUUUUAAAUGUUUGAAAGAACUAAACCUUUUAAAAUGUACCCCGUCGAAGUGACCCCAUUGUAUGUGGAUUGUUUUUGUAUGUGGAGCAUAUGCUCGUUACGUUCAGUCAUUCUGCCAAAGAACAUUUACACUCUACGUACAUAUUUCAACUAAUUAAAAAAUGUACUGAGUCAAGGAGUACAGUAUAGCAGUAUUAUUGUGACAUCGCUGUAUUUGAAAUGUACUGACUGUAAAUAUUCUGCAGUUUGAUUUUGUUCCAAAAGAGUUCUGUUUGUAUCAUUAAACACCAAACUAACUCUUUACCAAACUGAUGACUUCCUAAAACCAGGAUUGCAUUUAGAUAUUUUUAGAUUUAAUUGAUGCAAAGUUUUCUGGAGAGAAUUAAAUUGUGCAAACGCGAAUUAAAGUAUGACAAAGCAUAUCAA